AUGUCUGCAGUCGAACUCCCGGCGACGCAGCGUGCCAUCCGCGCUAACUCUGAUGGCGAGCCGAUGGUCGACAAUGAAGCAAGCAUACCUAUACUCAAUAGCAACAUGGUGCUAGUCAAAACUACCACAGUCGCGCUGAAUCUGUUCGACUACAAAGUUCCUCACAAGUUUCCCGCCCCAGGCACAGUUAUUGGCUGCGAUUUCGCCGGCACCAUCGUACAAGUUGGUCCAGACGUACAACGCACCUUCAUCAUUGGUGAUCGUGUCUUCGGCGGUAUCCAUGGGGCUAACCCUGCGGAGCCUUCAUCUGGAGCAUUUGCAGAAUACCUUGUUGCAGACGCAGAUUUCAUAUUUCUAAUUCCAAAAGCCAUGAGCUGGGAAACUGCUGCAGCGAUGAGCGCAAUUGGCAUCGGUACUGUUGGACUCGCAAUAUUCUAUUACCUCAAACCGCCGGGAACACUCCAGCACCCAGCACAGAAGCCAGUGGAUGUUUUGGUCAAUGGAGGAGCUACAGCGGCUGGCACGAUGGCAAUCCAACUGCUCAAGCUCGCAGGUUUAAAGCCCAUCGCGACAUGCUCACCAAAGAAUUUCGAAUUGGUCAAAUCAUACGGUGCGAUCCAAGCGUUCGACUACAACAACCCGAAUUGCGUCGCCGACAUCAAAAAGGCCACCAAAAACUCACUGAAAUAUGUUUUGGACACAAUUGCCACGGCACAGGCGUCUGAACUUUGCUAUCUCUCCAUGGGCCGUUUGGGCGGUACGUACAUUUCUCUUGAGCUCUCUCCACUGGACAGCCCGCGCUCAACAAUCAAAUCGAACUGGGUUCUGGGCAUGUCAUUGCUUGGUAAGGAUAUCAAAAUGGGCUCGACAUUCCAGCAGCAAGCAAACCCGGAACAUCGCAAAUUCGGCGUAAAGUAUUAUGAACAAGUUCAAAGAAUGAUUGAUAACGGGAGGUUGAGAGCGCAUCCACCUAAGGUCAUGAAAGGUAGCUUGCAGGGCAUACUGGAUGAGGGGUUAGAGUUGUUGAGACUGCAGAAGGUUUCCGGGGAGAAACUAAUUUAUUUUGUAUGA